AUGUCUUCUGUGCCUAUGGAUCCGAAAAGAGCGUUAGAUCAUCACACACAAUUUGAAUUGGUUGAAAAUUCGGAAGAGUGUUUAGCGUUGAAAGAGAAUGGAGUAGAGGGAAGUUGGUUUCCCAUGCAUUUGCAUCGAGUGAGAUUGCCUUUAGAAACGAUUAGCAGCAUUCUGCAAAACACGACAAUCACCAAUGAAAAGCAUCUUGCUUCAAACGCUAAACCAACACCACAAGAAUUUAUUGAAAUUCAAUUGGUGAAUAUUCAUUUGAGACCACCUUUGAACGAUAAUGGUUCUGCAACGCUUUGGACAGCCUAUCUCACGAAUAAGUAUCGUUUGAAUGAGGUUCAAUAUUUGAUAUCACAUUUUGAGAAGGAGAAAAUUUUGAUACCGAUCCAUUCAAUACGACGACAACACGAUAACAUUAUUUUCAAAAAGCCAAACAUUCCAAUCAUCAUGUUAGGUGAUUAUAAUGAGCAUGAUCAUGAUUCAGCAUUAACUUUUUUGACAAAAGAAUGUUUAUAUAAACAUGAGGAAGGCACUCAAACAUUGGUUCCAUUAUUUAGGGAUGCAUUAAAUGAAUUUGUGCCUCAGACAUGA